AUGACGAGCAAUCCUCUCCGGCCAGAGGCCCUCCUCCAAGCCAUGGCCGACGCCCUGCCCAACCCGGGAGACGGCACCUCUGCCAUGAGCAGCUCCUACGAAGCCCUCGCCCUCUUCACACACGCCUGCAUGACCUCUCUCGGCUUCAGGUUACUAGGCUUCAACGAGGACCAGAAGAUGGAAUCAGAAUGCCAGUCAUGCGCGCCGCGCCUGCCCUCAAAAUGGAACGCAUCCUUCAACUCACACUCCUUCCUAUACGCCCACGGGCAAUCAUCCAUGAACUUCGUCAUCAAGGUAGACCGCCUCGGCGGAAAGGCCGAGAUCAGGGGUCUCGGGGUAGGCGACGAGCGGAUCAACCGGCUCGAGGUCGCCGCGCGCGACUACAUCUCGUCUGCCGCACUGCCGGUACGCAUCUCUACGACAGAGGAGUCGCAAGGAGAAGGAGGAGGAGAAGGAGGAGGCAACGCACAAGAGGACCGCACAGAUCUCCCCGACAAGCUCCGCCGCGUCUUCAUCUCGGACGAGCGCGUCGCCGACCUCGCCACCCUCAUCAAGAUCAACAUCAUCCAGAAGCUCGUCCCUGGUCUGCAAAAGGAGGGGUACCAGGAGUCAGAAGACCCGGAUGACCGCGAGGCGCGCCGAGACGCCGACCGCGCGGGCCGCGUCGGACCCAGGCAGCCUCCCAGGGCCCCCGGCGAGCCCCCGGACCCGGCCCGCCCGUACCCACACGACGACCCCCUGGCCGCCCCACCCCGCCGUCCCGUCCCGGCCGGAGACUUCCCACCGCCGGACUUUGAGGACGAGUACGAGAUCAACCGCCCGCCCCGAGGCGGUCCCCUCCCGGGCUUCAUGCCGGGGCUCGGACACGACGAUCUCUACCCCCCCGGGCUCGGGCCCCAUGAUCCUCUGAGGCCUACACUAGGCGGCGGCGGGCUACCCCGGCCCGGAGGGCCCAGUGGCAUGCACCCCACGCCUCACGACCCCUUGUUUGGCGGACGCGGAGGUUCUGGCGAUGGCGAUGGCUUUGAUCCGCAGGUGCCGCCUGGCGCCAGGUUUGACCCCCUGGGUCCCCCCGGGGCCGGCCCUCGGUUCGGCGGCGGUCGGGGUAGGGGCCCGUUCGGCGGCGGUGGCCCGGGUGGUGUAGGAUUUGGAGGCUUUGGUGGCGGUGACAUCAUCUGA